CCUUUUUUCAUGCUCAUUUCACUCGUAGUGAUGCAAACCCCAAAACAUUGCACCCCUUGACAAUUGCUGGCUACGCCCCUGUACCUGUAUGCAAUUUUUACCCGAGAGUGCAAAGUUUUAACCGAUCAUACGGAUUUUGCAAGAGAGUGCUGUUUGAUUCCUACCUGCGAACAUGUAACAUUAAUAAAAAAUCAUUUUUUCAGACAAUUUGCAACUCUGUUAUAUUAAACAAAGCACUGGCUGACAGUCAGCUUCAUAUAAACUGCAGGAAUUGUUUGUUGGAUUCUGCAUUGACAACUGACACUAUAAUCAACAAUUAUUAGAUAUAGAUAGAUGUUUGGUAUUAGAAUUAUUGCUAAUGUGGCAUGUCAUAGCACCAUGAGGAGCAUAGAAAUAUACUAAAUCUAAUAUGCCAUUAAAUGAAUCACAUUUAGCAUGUUUCCCGUGAGACUCCCCAAUCUAAAUAUAUCAGAACAAAACAACAUUUUUAUCUUACUGACAAAUAAUGUUGUUUCAUACAAAUGUACACAAAGCUAGUCUCCCAUGACAUCUAUCAAACAUUCAUAAAAUGCAUUUACAAUUAAACUGCAUUUAAAGCUGGCCACAGAAGAGAAUCACGUCAAU